CUGCUCACAAAUGCUCCAAAUGCAAAAGGAUUACCAAUGCAUUCAGUGAAGAGAAUGUCUUAGUGUCUGUUGCACCUCCCUCUAAAAAGCAUUCAGGAAAGACAUGGAUCAAGUAGAAGAGCUUUCUGCAAACAGAAGGAAGAGCUUCCUCUUGGUUGACAAGAAAAAGAGUAAUGGCUGUAGAACCAUGGUGGGAUUUUUAUGCAUAUUCCCUGUGGUGGCUUGGCUGGCUAUUGUGGGAGAUCCAGCUGGAGCUGCACUUCAGGAAAGUCAGGAAGAUGCCACAUCACCUGGGCUUUAUGGAGUGAGUACCUCUGCUUUGCACAGUCCAACUUUCCCUCCUCGGCCUCCAGCAAGGAGAAAACGAUACACAAUCACCCCAGGACGCUUGAAAUGGGACCACUUCAACUUGACAUACAAGAUCCUGUCCUUCCCCAGAAACCUCAUAAAUGCCAGGGACACGCGCAGGGGGCUGGCGGCUGCCUUCCGAAUGUGGAGUGAAGUUUCACCCUUCAGCUUCAGAGAAGUGCCACGCCACGUGGACAGUGACUUGAAAAUAGGCUUCUACUCUAUCAACCACACAGACUGUCUGGAGUCUCUCAUUCACCACUGCUUUGAUGGAACAACGGGGGAGCUUGCCCAUGCCUUCUUCCCACCCAACGGGGAAAUCCACUUUGAUGACCACGAAUACUGGAUAUUGGGGAACACCCGCUUCAGCUGGAAAAAAGGUGUUUGGCUUACGGAUCUGGUGCACGUAGCAGCACAUGAAAUAGGACAUGCCUUGGGACUCAUGCACUCCCUGAACCCCAAUGCCCUCAUGCACAUCAACGCCACGUUGACUGGGAAAAAGACCAUCUCUCAGGAUGAAGUCUGGGGAAUUCACAGGCUUUACGGAUGUAAAGACAGAUUAUUUAUGUGCCCAUCGUGGGCACAAAAAGGAUUCUGUGAGAAGCGCAGGAAGUUGAUGAAAAAGCACUGUCCAUCUACUUGUGACUUCUGCUAUG